UAUAUCUAUCUGAUUAUUAUUCAGUAAAAAGCAAAACACACACAAAUUGGGAGAAUGGCACAACUUUUUGUGAAGCAGGCAAAACAAUAUUCUGAGGGAAGGCCAUCAUACCCACAAGAGCUUUUCCAUUUCAUUGCCUCUAAAACUCCAUCUCAUGAUCUUGCCUGGGAUGUCGGCACUGGUAGCGGCCAAGCUGCCAAAUCACUAGCAGCUAUAUACAAGAAUAUGGUUGCCACGGACACGAGCCAGCAGCAACUGGAGUACGCAGCGAAGCUUCCCAACGUCCGAUACGAACGCACCCCUCCCAAGAUGUCGACGGCGGAGCUGGAAGCCUUAGUGGGAAAGGAAUCGACGUUCGAUCUGGUGACCGUAGCGCAAGCCAUGCACUGGUUCGAUCUGCCGGCGUUUUACCAGCAGGCGAGACGGGUGCUGAAGAAGCCCGACGGGGUAAUCGCCGCGUGGUGCUACACGCUGGCCCAAGUCAACGAAGGCGUGGACGCCUUGCUGCACAAGCUCUACUUCGUGGAUCUUGAUCCCUACUGGGAAUCGCCGAAGAAGCUGGUGGACGAUGAGUACAAGAGCAUCGAGUUCCCGUUCGAGGCGGUGGAAGGGUGCGCGGGUACUGGGCCGGUGGAGUUCACGGCGGAGCGAGUGAUGGAUUUGGAAGGGUAUUUGACGUGGUUGAGGUCGUGGUCGGCGUACCAGACGGCGAAGCAUAAGGGUGUGGAGGUGUUGGGCGAGGAUGUUGUCGGGAGAUUCAGGGAUGCUUGGAAUGAAGAUGGGGGUGGCCAGAAACGUGUCACUUUCCCUGUUUUUCUGAGGAUUGGAAAGGUUGGGAAUGUGGACAUGAAUUCCUGAUUUAUGUCUUCUCCACAAAAAGCAAAAUUCUCUGUGUUUGUUCCUAUAUCUUGAUCUCAUAGGAUUGAUAGAUUAUCAGAAGCAUGACAUGUUAAACCUAUAAAAUAAAAGAUAUGAAUAAGUAUUAGACUCAAGAUUUCUAAUA